UUAUGACAUCAUCACAGGUCCUUUGCUUCCUCCUGCAGCACAGCCUGCAGCCUGACUCCUGCACAUGGUGGUAGAAAUAGAAACACCUGAUGCUCCAUGGUGAAGGAUUGUCAGAGGAAGAGGAGGACACGCCCCGCCCAGGUUCCUACAAUAUAGGAUCCGCUCAGUGGAGAUCUUCUAUAUGACAUCAAUCUCCUGAUUGACCCGUCAAGGAUGGAUAGGGACAGGGACAAGAUGGUGGAGAGUAUAAUAAAUCUCACCCUAGAGAUCCUCUUCCGGCUUACUGGAGAGGCCUACACAGUAGUGAAGAAGACCUCUAGUGAGCGCUGUCAGGACCCUGUGUCUGAAGGACAGGGAAGAACCCUGAGCCCAAUCACGGGGCCUCCACCUCACCUCCUAAAACAGGAGGAAAUCAAUAGAGAGAAGAUCCUAGAACUCACCAACAAGAUGAUUGAGCUGCUGACUGGGGAGGUUCCUAUGAGGUGUCAGGAUGUUACUAUCUAUUUCUCCAUGGAGGAGUGGGAGUAUUUAGAAGAACACAAAGAUCUGUACAAGGACAUCAUGAUGGAGGAUCACCGGCCUCUCACAUCACCAGUAAAGGAAGAGAGAAGAACACCGGAGAGAUGUCCCAGUCCUCUUCUUCUACAGGAUGGUUCAGAAGAGCAUCACAAUGUCCUGUUUGACAAUGUCAAUGUCAAACAGGAUGAUCAGCUGGUGAAUCCGGGUGAAGAUCUGAACAAUAUUAAUCCUACAGAGACAUAUGUGAGGGGUGAUGAGCAGAGUACAGAGGACAUUCCUACAGAUAACCGCCCAGCAGAUGACGGUACUCGGAACUUAGAGAAAUAUCUGGUAUCUUCAGAUUUUGAAGUAGAUGAUUGUGGUAUCACACGAGAUACAUUUGAAGAGCAUGCCAAUAUGCAAGAUAUACCCUCAUCCAAUCACAGCAACAAUGCAUCAUUUGAUUAUUUAAAAAAGGUCCGAUCUUCUGAUUCAUCACAGACUGUAACACAAAAUAAAAGUCACAGAAGAGGUCUUAAACAUCAAACAGCUCACGUAAAAGAGAAGCUAUUUUCAUGUUCAGAUUGUGGAAAAUGUUUUGAGUGUAAAUCCUCUCUUGAUGCCCAUCAGAGAAUUCACACAGGAGCGAAGCCAUUUUCAUGUUUACAAUGUGGGAAAUGUUUUAAUCAGAAGUCGGCUCUUGUUACACAUCAGAGAAAUCACACAGGGGAGAAGCCAUAUUCAUGUUCAGAAUGUGGGAAAAGUUUUAAACAAAAAUCACACCUUGUUAUACAUCAGAGAAAUCACACAGGGGAGAAGCCGUUUUCAUGUUCGGAAUGUGGGAAAUGUUUUAAGCAGACAUCAAAUCUUGUUAUACAUCAGAGAAAUCACACAGGGGAGAAGCCAUUUUCAUGUUCAAAAUGUGGGAAAUGUUUUGAGUAUAAAUUGGUUCUUGAUGCCCAUCAGAGAAUUCACACAGAAGAGAAGCCAUUUUCAUGUUCACAAUGUGGGAAAUGUUUUAAUCAGAAGUCUGCUCUUGUUACACAUCAGAGAAAUCACACAGGGGAGAAGCCAUUUUCAUGUUCAGAAUGUGGGAAAUGUUUUAAACAAAAAUCACACCUUGUUAUACAUCAGAGAAAUCACACAGGGGAAAAGCCGUUUUCAUGUUCAGAAUGUGGGAAAUGUUUUAAGCAGGCAUCAACUCUUGUUAUACAUCAAAGAAAUCACACAGGGGUGAAGCCGUUUUCAUGUUCAGAAUGUGGGAAAUGUUUUAAGCAGACAUCAGCUCUUGUUAUACAUCAAAGAAAUCACACAGGGGAGAAGCCAUUUUCAUGUUCAGAAUGUGGGAAAUGUUUUACCAAUACAUCAUCUCUAUUUAAACAUCAGAGAAAUCACACAGGGAAGAAGCCAUUUUCAUGUUCAGAAUGUGGGAAAUGUUUUGAGUAUAAAUCGAUUCUUGGUGUCCAUCAGAGAAUUCACACAGGAGAGAAGCCAUUUUCAUGUUCAGAAUGUGAUAUGUGUUUCAACCAUAAAUCAUCUCUUGUUAAACAUCAAAAAAACCACAUAUAAGAAAAGCCAUCUUCAUGCUUAGCCCGUUAGUGACCACCCUUAUGUGUUUUUAUGGUGGUCACUAACUGGCUUUAUUCCUUCAGAUACUCUUUUUUACAGGGAGAUAAAACAGUGCCUUGCUUUCAGUUACCAGAGGUAGCUGAGGGCAUGGAGUGAUGAUUGGGACCGCUGUGAGAGCUUCCCAAACAAACAUGGUCUCCUGUAUUGAAUAAAUAUUUGUAAUCAAAGGACAGAUCCAGGUAAAAGUUAAACAAUUUUUUUUUUUAUAUAUAUAUCUCUAAAGACAAAUGUUUGAUGAGAGAAAAUUAAGAAAAAAAAAAUACUAGUUUUCCAAAGGUACCACCCUGCCUGUGAUCGGUAUGGGGACCCUCCAUUCCUGUAAAACUGCAAAUACAGGGGCCUGUAUGUGAAAGUCCAAAAAAUAGAGCUGGAUUCCCACAAGAGCUGGUGUCCAGACAUGUGGAAAAAGUGGCGUCAUUCACACUUGUAAAUGGCCAGUUAUUUGCAGUCAUAGUUUAAAAGGCUGAAAAAAGACAUCUGUCCAUCCAGUUCGGCCUGUUAUCAUGCAAGUUGAUCCAGAGGAAG